AAAAAACGAAAAAGAAAAUACAUAAAUAGGGCCAAACGGGCGAAAAAAAUAAACGAGCGCGCCUAGGUUUUUGUCAGAGUAAAUCCGUGUGGGAUUAGGUCGGGCGCUGGUGGAGACUGCCGUGCCACACUGGUCGCGGUUAGCGGAUUCCUUAUCUCCGGCCCUUGUUUUCUCGGGUUUCAUGCGGUUUCGUUGCUAUUUGAUUCCAUGCCUGCUACAAAGAAGAAUCCUGAGCAUAGUCACGUUGGAGGUGUAUUCAACAAUUUGAUGAAGCAGAUUGGCAAUCCUGUUGAUUUCGAACUUCCAGAUUGGUUUAACAAAUGGAAGCCUACGCCCUACACCUUUAUAAAGCGCAAUAUAUAUCUCACAAAGAGGAUUAAACGACGCCUUGAGGAUGAUGGUAUAUUCUGUUCCUGCAGUGUUUCACCUGGAUCUUCUAGUGUGUGUGGUAGAGAUUGCCAUUGUGGGAUGCUUCUCUCUAGUUGCUCCACUGGAUGUAAAUGUGGGAGUUCAUGCCUUAACAAGCCAUUCCAGAACCGACCUGUGAAGAAGAUGAAACUGGUGAAGACUGAGAAAUGUGGUUCUGGAAUAGUGGCGGAUGAAGAUAUCAAACAAGGAGAGUUUGUGAUAGAAUACGUUGGAGAAGUUAUUGAUGACAAGACAUGUGAGGAAAGGCUAUGGAAUAUGAAACACCGUGGAGAGACAAACUUUUACUUGUGUGAAAUUAAUCGAGAUAUGGUAAUUGAUGCGACAUACAAGGGAAACAAGUCAAGAUAUAUAAACCAUAGUUGUUGUCCAAAUACCGAGAUGCAAAAAUGGAUAAUUGAUGGGGAAACAAGAAUUGGCAUAUUUGCAACCCGCAACAUAAAAAAGGGCGAACAUUUGACCUAUGAUUAUCAGUUUGUUCAGUUUGGUGCAGAUCAAGAUUGCCAUUGUGGUGCUGCUGGCUGCAGGAGGAAGUUAGGGGUCAGACCUACCAAGCCUAAGAUGUCUUCAGAUGCCGCAUUGAAACUAGUAGCAUACCAGGUUUAUCGGAAUGGAGGAUUACAUGUAGGGAGUUCGCAUAUUCGUAACCAGCAAAGAACAGGCUCCCGUAAUUGCAUUGGUGAAGUUGUUAGGAUAACUCGCCCCAUGAACGAGAGGUCCUUUGGGAUUAUUAAACGUUUUGAUAAAUUUUCCAAAAGACACUCGAUUAUGUUUGAAGAUGGAGCUGUUGAAUUUCUUGACAUGACAAAAGAAGACUGGGAUUUUGUGAGACCGUGAUUUAAUUGUGGGGGAUUUUGUUCAAGCAAAGAUCGCACGUAUGGUCGCAAGCAAUUGGAACGUGUUUCACUGUAUCAAUUGCUGCUUGAUUGAGUGUUGCUCUCGUAAAACAUGGAUCCAGCUGCCCUGCACAUGGCGGACGAGAAUGUUACAUACCAAAUGGAAGGACCAUGGUUGUGCUCUGAUAAAAUAAGGAUUCUGACGUUCCCCUGCAGAGAGUUCACAAGAAUGUUGUACCAUCUAUUUUUUUAACCCUCUCUAAUAAAGGAGUUUUUAAACUGAUUCCAUUGAUGCUUAAGGUACUGGUGUUAUGUAGAAGGAAAAAAAUGGCCGGUAAGGGCACCUUUUCUGGA